CUUUUUCAUUUUUACUGCUUAGACACUUUCCGAAAGCGUGGAAAAUAUUUUGGAGUCGCUGCUCAACGAGGAAGAAAAAAUGAACAAUCUACCAUAUGAUGACGUGAAUAGUCUAAUAAAGGGACUACAGGUACUUAUUGAAAACUUGGCUGUCUACAAACAACAAAACCACAUGAUAUCUAUGUCCCUUCCACAAAACGCUGAUGUAAGGGUUAGAGAGUCCAUUAGCCUGAUUGAUAGUAGAAUCGAUUUACUUCGUCAACGAGCUAAUGACGGAUUAGAAAAGAUACAGCAAUCAUUGAAAUUACGAGAGCAACGCAAGUUAGAAAUUCGCGCAUAUUCGGAGCUACUAGAACAAACUGAGCUUUGGGUGGCAACGACAUCUAUUGUUUUGACAGACAUUGAUAAUAGUAUACCAAGACAAGAUCUGGAUGAGAUAUUACUACACAACCGAAGCUUGUUAACUGAGCUGAGAGGAAAGGAACAAGAGUCAACGGCCAUAUACGAGAAAGCAGGCAAAUAUCUUAUGUUUAAAGACAUAUCGGAAAAAACACAAGCUCUCAGAAAUAAUUUUUCUAAUACGAUCAGAACCAUCCGCGAAAAGGCAUUGAUAUUAGAGGACAAUAUACUACGCAUAGAACAACAAAUAAAUCCAAGUGCAGUGUUCAUGGAUAAUGAAAUGCAAACAAGUCCACUAGCUUCAUUGGAUUCGCAUGACCAAAGUAUAACAAAGGUACAGGAAGCUUCUGCGCAAACAAAUAUCGAUCCAACAACAGAUAAUUUGAUCAUCAUUCAGUCCAUAUCAGAAGGCCAAGAAACAGUUCAGAUAUCAAAUGUUCGUAAUAUCUCAUCCAUCCCAUCGGAUAGCGACAUUGUAGUGGAGGCGAAAUACACGCCAUCCAAAUCUGGAGAAUCUAACAAGGUAUCAGAACUAAUGCUGAAAAAUGUUCCAACUUCUUCCUUUGAGACUACAUUUGUGGAGCCGAAUGACAGUACAACGGAAAUCAUAGUAAAUAAAGAUGGAACCAGGAAAAUCAUUCUGAAAAAAGUAAUUCAACCAGCAGAAUCUAUUGAACCAUUAGAUGGAACUAAAACAUCAGUGGGUACUACAAUUCAUUCAGAAGGCAAUAUUUUAAUUUUAACAGGCAGUAAAUCGACAGAUGAUGGAUCUGUACCUAUAGGCCAGAGUUCGGCUGAUUGUACUGAACCUUCAGAUAUGAAUGAAGGUCCUGCUGGAAUUGAACAAAAAACUAGUGUACUGGUUUUAACAGACAAUAAAACGACAGAUAUAGAAACUCCAAUCUUUAGUUCAGAUUCAGAACCAAUUCAUGUAGUCGAGAGUAUAUUGGAAGAUAUUCAAAGCAGAAUAAUAGACGUAGCGGAGCAGCGUGAAAUAGAACCCCUGCAAGAAGAAAUGCAUGAUUCUCAGGUAUUAGAAUCUGUUGCACAAAAAGUAGAUUUGAUUGCUUCUAUUGUUGAACCACCAAUUAGUAAUAUUGAAAGCACGCAACAUCCAAUUGAUUAUGACACAAAUUACAUAGAGCCUAAAUAUCCCUCUACAACAGAAACCAGCAAUGAAUCAAUUGUAGGAAUAAAUGAGGUAUGGCCUCAACUUGCUGAGCCUCCAGUACAGGUGCCUUGUACCACUCGUGAUGCAUUUUCACCUAUAUUCAAGGAAGAAUUAUUAACGACAAAUGAAACAAUUGAAACAAACAUAUGGCCAAUCAACAUGAAAACAGGAUCUGAAUAUGUAGGUGUAGUGGCAGAUGUAAUCGAUCCACAUUCCAAUGACAAACCUCCUUCUUGUACCGAUAUUUGUUCGGAUGAUAAACAAGAUAACAACCUCAUAUUACCUAGCAAAAGUAUCGAGACCGAGGACUCACAUAAUCUUCAGCAAGAAAACAUUGCCGGUCAGGAUGAAAUUAUUGAAAGUCAAUUAAAUGUUAUAGCAGAGGAAAGUAUCCAAUUAUUGGAGUGUACAACACUUGAAAGCAAUUUAAUUCAAAGUUGCACAAGUGCAGAUGAGCAUAUCAUCAUACCUGAAACUACGACUGUUAGCCUCCAAGACAACAAAGAUCAGCUCAAUGUUGUCGACCCACAAAAUAGCACGAGUCAAGAACAAUC